AUGAAUGUAUUGAGGAUUUUAACUCCAUGUGCAUUGCAAAGUAGAGAAACAAGGGAAACAAAUAGUGAUAAUAAAAGAGGUUGCUGGUUCAUGAGUGGAUGGGGAGAAGAUGCUUCUCAUAUGAUCCAUAGAAUGGGUGCAUCCGCAUCUUCAAGUGUUGCAAGUGUUGGUGGAGAUUCAGUUCAAGCAGCUAGGCUUUCGCCUUCUGGCAACUAUGAUCAACAUGGACUUGCAAUUAGAGAAAGAAAAAAGAAAAUGACAGGAUUUGCUACACUACGUAAAAAAUUUAUUAGGAAACGUCGUUCGUCUAAAGUAUGUGAUCACGGCAGGAUUUUUAGAGACAUGAUAUCAACAUGGAGUCAUUUAGAAGCAAUAGCACUUUUAGAAGAGUACGAAGCCUUAGCUGCUUUAAAAGAUCUUCAUGUCCAAGCAGAAUUAGCCAGACCUCCAGCUGCUACAUUUAAACAAGAUUUAUCUUUAUUGUAUGACUACAAGCAGUGUUCCGAUGCCGAUCUUGUCUAUCAAGGUGCAUGCUUUCCCAUUCAUAGGGCCAUAUUAUCCGCACGUUGUCCAUAUUUUAGGGAUUUAUUAGCAGGAUACCCUGGUUAUGGUGCUCGAAUAUGUUUAGAUUUGAGAACACCUAAUCUAGAAGUUCAGACAUUUUCUGCUUUAUUACGAUACCUCUAUACUGGUGAUAUUUGUCCACAUGAUGCAACAUUUGGAACAAAUAUAUUACAACGACUUGGCGAAGAAUUUGGGACAUUGAAUCCUUUAGAACAAGAUCUUAGAUACUUACUUGAUACCGGUGAUUAUGCUGAUGCUGCAUUAGUAUUUACAUCAGAUAGCGAUUGUCAAAGGCCAGACAGUGGGUGUUCUGAGUAUGGAUUUCGACCAAAAUUAGAGCUACCAUGCCAUAAAGCAAUACUUUCUGCGAGAUCGCCAUUUUUUAGAAAUUUGAUACAAAGACGUACUAAGUCGGGAGAAGAUCGUACGGAAAGAACGCUACAUAUACCUACUAGAAUAAUUUUGGAUGAAAGUGUAAUACCGAAAAGAUAUGCUAGAGUUCUAUUACAUGCAGUUUAUUUAGAUACCGUUGACCUCUCAUUAAUACUAAGAGGUAAUGGUUGUGGAAAUAGUGCUGGUAGUCUUGGUGAGGUGCAGGCAUUAACUCAUACAGGGAGAAUGAGACCAAGUCCUUUAGAAGAAGCAAUGGAAUUAUAUCAAAUUGGUAGAUUUCUUGAGUUAGACAUAUUAUCUCAAGGCUGUGAAGAUAUUAUUUUAGAUUGUCUGACAUUAGAAUCACUUCCAACAGUACUCAAAUGGGGUAGUCAACCUCAUGGAUCUGCAUGGGUACACAGACAAGCAUUACAUUAUUUAAGAGAAGAAUUUCAACCAAUCGCUUCUUCAACGAUUCUUCAUCAAUUGGAUCAUGCUCAUUUAGUAAAUGUGUUGCAAAGUCAUUUUCUACAAGCAAGUGAGUUGGAAAUAUUACAGGCAGUUUUAAAAUGGGGCGAACAUGAAUUAGUUCGGCGCAUGGAAGAUAGAGAACCAAAUUUAUUAAAUCAUACAGUACACUCUGUCACAAGAAAGGGAGUUAAAAAGAAAGAUCUUAGUGACAUUGAAUUACGAGAAAUACUUAGUGAACUACUACCACUUGUUAGAAUUGAUCAUAUCUUGCCACACAACAGUGAAAUAUUAACUCAGGCUAUCAGAAGAGGCUUGGUUUCUACUCCUCCUAGUCAUAUGAUAGGAGAUGGAAGGGAUAGCAUACAUACAAAUGCUUGGAUAAGAGGUGGAAAAAAGAAUGGCUUUUUUGUUAGACCAAGAUUAUUCAUGCCUUAUUAUGAAGAAAUUAAGUCUUUAGUCGAAGAACAGAUAGUUCAAGAUACGGAUCUUGUCAGAUUACAAAGAACGCGAUAUGUUGCGGAUAUACCGGACGCACUAUAUAUGGUUGAUGAAAAACCAAGAACUAUGGGCACUGCUGGUGUAGAUGUUCUUGCAGCUGCAUUUCCAGUUCCAGAUUCAUCAACAAUGGCUGCAAUGCUUAAACGGGAACAAAAAUUAAGGCAAUCUCCAAGUUGUCUACGAGCUAUAGAUCUACCUUUAUCUUCGCGAAGCGAAAUUAAUAGGCAAGUGCGCCUAAGGGUCGUUAGAGAAUUCAAUUUACCAGAUGCAGUAGCGGAUAUUUUAGAAAACACUGCAUCAUUUAUGAAACAGCAAGAUAACAAUAUAACUGGAAUUGAAGAUAUAAACUCGCCGGAUAUGGAUAUUAAUGCGAGAACUUCCGCGCCUUCGUAUUACGGAAGGAAUAUGACGUUUCCUCGGCCGGCUUCAUCUUAUGCGGAUAGGCACGAACUUCCGGCCGUAGUUAUUGAAGGAGAGAAUAACAGACUUCUUGUAGAGCAACAAGAAAAUAGCUCUUGCAGCGAUGGCCAUCUAUCCGGAGUAAUGCCAGAUGUGGCAAUGGCUACUGCAUCGUUCGGAGCUUUGCAAUUGAUGGAACAUCAAGAAUUGGAUCUUGGCGAUGGAACGUCACAUAUUUUGCAACAUAUUUCACCGUCAACUGGAACCGUAGGUCUAAAUCGUUCUUCGCUUCCUCGUCAACAUCAAGGACAUAUUUCCGCCCCACCUCCUCUGCCAUACGCGUACCAACGUACCGUCACUGCCUUACCGAGGUUUAUUUAACAUUUAUAUACAAUAUGAAAGAAAUGAAAAGAAUCCGCUAAGAGAAGAGGAAUCUUCUUUACACGGCGUAUAAAAAAAAAAAAAACUUGUUACUGCGGGUACAAAUCUAUUGCAAGAAAAAAAAAGGAACAAAAAAGAAAAAGAAAAAGAAAAAGAAAAAAAAAGAACAAACCCAGAAAAUCUGUAUUUAGAUUUUAAUAAGAUCGUUCACAGCCUAAGAAAGUAGCUAAUAUUAAGUUCCAUUUAUUUCGAUAAUUAUAAUGUGAAAAGAGUUAUUGCUUAAUAGUUAUUAGAUGCACCGCAUGUGAGGUAUAAUGCGGCUGUGACUUAUACAUUUGUGAACCGUGAAAAAUGUUUGUGGCUAUGAGCACACAGUGAAAUGUGUUCAUAUGUAUGUGGGUGUAUUUAUGUGCGUAUGCAUGUGUUUAUUCUCAUUAGUAUUUACUUAAAUACGUUAAACGAUGUAGCUAAUAAACUUUGAUGAAAUGCAUAUAUCGGACAUAUGCUGUAUUUAAACAUUGCGGACCGGUCGCAAAACAUUUCGUCUGUUUUCAUUUAAUUGUCAAAUGUUUUCGAUAUCGUAAUAAAUUGCUUGUAGCUUAAUUAUACGAAAUUCAAUUUGAUCGAUAAUUUAUACAUUAAACUAGACAGAAAGGAAUUUAAAAAAUAAAAAUGUUUAAACAAACGUUUAAAUAAAAAAAUAUCACUCAUUCGAGAUAUUAAUUGAAAUUGGAAGCACAAAUUUCAUUGAUAAUUGACCCUGGUCCGCAAUGUAUGAAAAUAUGCAAAGCGGUCUAUAUUUUCAUAGAAUUAAGAUUCUAUGGGAGAUCAUUUGCUGACUGAUAUUAUCAAUAAUGUACAAUAAAGCGUUUAAUUUUUAUAUAUGUAUAUUUCUAUAGUUCGGUAUAUAUUUAAGUUCUUAAGGACCGAUCGAUCUUUUAUGUAAUUCUAAUCGUAUAAAAACCGUAGAAACUCGUUCUUGAACUUUACGCGACUCUUAGCCUCGUUUGAUUCCUUCUUUUCUGUUCUUUUUUUUUUUUUUCUUAAUUCAAGAAAAAAAUUAGCAUAUAUAACAUUUGUAAUUAUACGGAACAGACAUUUGUAUAAUAUCUUCCAAAUUAAUUUUUUCAUUCUAUCGAUGAGACUCUUUCCCCUGGCGUUUAGGAAAAACAUUCUCCGCUGUUAGAUAUUAUAUAAAGCAGCAUUAAUAUUAAUGCGGAACCAUUAGCCACUUAAAUGUGCGUGCAUAUAGUUAUAAAUAAUAGUAAAAUAAUUCACGGGAACUAUCUGUAUCUAUAUUAGAAUAUUUUAUAUUCUUCGCGAAUCAUACUGUUUUUUAUUUUUA